AUGGGUGAAACAUUCGACUGGGACUAUCCCGGCCUAAACUGGUCCCAUUUCCAUUCUCUAGCUAAUCUGCUAUCGCUUCGAAACGACGGCCAGGCCGAAGCCUCCGCUAUCCAACGCCCAGAUUCUGGACAUGCAAGGCUGAAACAGAAGUUACUGGACUGUUUGGCGGAAUUCGCGGCAAACAGAAAGGGCGGAGCUACAGUCGCUUGCUCUGCUAUGAGAGAGAGUGGAGACAGUGUGUCAAUCUGGAUCGCUCGGAAUGAGGGGUUCUCGGAGGCUAACAAGCCUAUGUUUAGUGUCCUAGAAAGGCUGUUGGAAUCAUAUUUGUGUGGCAAAGAUACAAAUACAGAUGUGCGUCUGUGGAAAGAGCUGGUGUCAUUCCGCCAGAGUCGGAUACAGAGCAGAUACAUACUCGAUUUAAGAGCGAGCCUCAAAGCUUUCGAGGCAGGAUAUAGGAAGACGUUUCUUGACACAACAGGUGACAGCUCAGACAUUGCUUCAAAAUUUUCGAUCCUGCGCAACCUUCUUUUCGACAAAAGUAUUCAUGAAGGAAGUACCUUUGACCGACAUUCAGAGCUUGUUAUCGCAGCGUACAACCUACGCCGGUCAAGCAUUCUAGAGCAAAUGCUUAACAACCCUCCACAAGCAUCCUCCAAAUCAAGAAGACUUUGGGUCAACAUCUGUCUAACUGCACAGCUGAGAGUUACAUUCGAAAAAUUCAAAGAAACCGCUCUAACGUUCCCAAGUUUCAUGUAUAUCACCAUCACCUUAGUGUUUCGACCUCCUGCACUCGCAAGUGCACCUCGUCGCCUCAUGAAGCUACGAGAAACAUUUGAUAUUCUUGGCCUCGAAACAAAGAAGAAGACAAUUCAGGCCGUCAUGGGUCAAAAGUGGACUCUAAUUGAACUUGAACGCAAGUUUGCAAAGGGACAGAUACAGAAGCUGAAAAUCCAUGCCGAGGUGCGAUUACUGAUGCACUUGAACACAUCCAAUACAUCUGGCCCUGGACCAUUGCCUUACAUUGGAUGUAUCACAUGGACACCUAAAACACGGGGAUCCCACGGUCGUCUUUUCAAGUCAUGGACUAUUCCAAACAUGGAGCUGCUUCCCCCGGGACAGGUCGAGCGAAUAAGUGAGGCUUUGAUAUCACUGCAGAACGAGAUAGUGGAGAAGCUCGUCACCCCAGUAGCAGGAAAAGUUCGACUUGAACGAACUUCAGUAUUUGGAGGCAGCAGCUUAGUUGGUACUCGACAUGACGAAAUUUCGACGAGGCGAGCGCAGAUUGAUCAUCUAGUCAUCAAGGUAGAGCAGGAUCGAGUUUCAGAUAUGUUCAGGAGGUGGGAAACGAACUAUCUUUGGAAGUCACUGGUUGAAGACACCAUACCUGUGGACGAAAACGUCUUGCAAGAUUUUGGCUUUAACAACGCCUUUGACGCCAGUGAUCGAUCCAACCUCGUUGGCCUAUACCGAGGCAUUUAUCUCUCCGGCGACAUUGCAUCGAGUGACUUACAUGGAUGGCGCAUCAAAGGUGUCAUGCCGGGACACUACUUCAGCUCAUAG